CUGUUUUGGCUACCCCUAGGUGACGAUGACAGUUCACCUAAACAACAUAACCUCCUUCUCCGAGAUAAGAUAUUCGGUCUAAUUCAUUUAUGGAUUUAGAUAACUCUUCAAGAAGAUAUAAGAUUGCAUGAGACGGUUAUUCGAAUAUUCUUUUAUUUGGCAUUGUGGAAGACUAGCAGUGAUUUUCCUAGCAUAUUAUAUUAGCACUUUAUUAGAGGAAAAACCUUCAUUGUUGGCAUCUGAGAUGGGAAAAAACACGGAAUCUGAAGAUAAAUAUACCAUUCUCUUACCAACAUACAAUGAGAUUGAAAACCUUCCUAUUGUUAUAUGGUUGAUAAAUAAAUAUAUGGAAGAAAGUGGAUAUAACUUCGAAGUAAUUGUGAUUGAUGAUGGAAGUCCUGACGGAACUUUAGAAGCUGCCAAACAACUACAGAAAAUUUAUGGUGAAGAUAAAAUAGUUUUACGUCCUCGAGCGAAAAAACUUGGCCUGGGAACAGCCUAUAUUCAUGGUUUGAAGCAUGCCACUGGAAAUUUUAUAAUUAUUAUGGAUGCUGAUUUGAGUCACCAUCCAAAAUUCAUUCCGGAAUUUAUCGAAAAACAGAAGGAAAAUGAUUUUGAUCUUGUAUCUGGGAGUCGGUACAUAGGAAGUGGUGGAGUCCACGGUUGGGACUUCAAGAGGAAACUCAUUUCCAGAGGUGCUAACUUCUUGAGUCAACUCCUAUUGAGACCAAGGGCCUCUGACUUAACUGGAUCCUUCAGAUUAUACAAAAAGCCUGUGUUGGAAAAGCUUGUUAGCAGUUGCGUAUCGAAGGGAUAUGUUUUUCAGAUGGAAAUGAUCAUACGAGCCAGGCAGUUUAGAUAUACAGUUGGAGAGGUUCCGAUUACUUUUGUUGAUAGGGUGUAUGGGGAAUCAAAAUUGGGUGGAUCAGAGAUUUUUCAAUUUGCCAGUGCUCUUCUUUAUCUCUUUGCAACAACUUAGUUGAGUCUAUGAAAAUUAUGAGAAUUGUUUUCCAGUACUAUAAAGUAUUGACUGAAAAUUUGAUAAUUGAGCCCCAUAUUGAUAUUCAUUCCAUAAUAUAAUGAGUAUAAUUGUGAAUUGAUAAAUAUAUUUCUAGAACAAA